AUAUUUGAAAAAAUAUGAAAAGAUUUGAUUUUGUUUUGGUUUCCAAUCAAUUUCAAUCAUCCAAAUAUUUGAUUCAAUUUCGUGCUAAACAAGAUUGGAGAGAGGAUGAACAAAUUUAGGCCAAAUUUAGAAAGAUUGAAAAUCAAAUUUCAAUCUUUGGUUCGAUAAGAUUCAAAUCAAGUUUGUUAACCAAAAUUCAUCUCAUAUAUAUAUGCAAGCUAUUCAAAGAACCAAAAAUUGUGAAACAAGAGAAGGUAGCAGAUCAAGUUAGAAGUCGAUUCAAGGCAAACAAAGUAUCCCAAUCGUUUCCUUGGGGUUUUCAGGAUGUAACCAUAUCCUCACCAUUGAUCAGAACACGCAAAAUCGUCACUUUGGUACUCACGGUUUGCACCUCUAAAUUCAAAGUCGAUUUCUAUGAUUCAUGCAUUAUAAUCUUAUUUUUUAUUGCAUAUUCUGGUUUAUAAUCAUGUUUGGAAGCUUUGUGGGUUCUUUGAUUUGAGUUUUGAUGCAGGGACCGUAAGUUGCCAUGGUUAGGGUUUAAAGGGUGAGAAUUGGGAACUCUGUUUUUAGGUAUAAUUGGGCCAAAUCGUGGCCAUCAUUAUGCUCAGGGGAUCAAAACGAGUCAAUCUAUGGUCUUACUUGGAAUUUCUAUGGCGUGUAUAGUAAUUUUGUGUUUGCAGGUGUUGUAGCUACAGUGAAAAAUCGCAGGUAUUGGCUUUAGCGACGCUUCGUCCGUGGGUAAAGGUUUAGGUGGCGGUCGCAGUGAAGAAGAUGAUGCGUGGCCGCGCAGGAUUGGCCAGAUUCAAAACUUGUGCGUGCUUCUUUCAUCCCCGUUCUAGUGUGUUUCGUUCACUCGCCUUGAAAGUUUUCUCGACUUCACUCCAAAAUCCACUGAAUUGCUCAAACUGAAAACACAACGCAUCAAAUAUCAUGGGUGGUGGUUCCAUUCUGUCUUCUAAUGGUAUACAUGAAGAUUUUCACUUUCCCAGGGAUGAUGAUCUAGGCUUGGAGGAUGAAGGCAAUAGAGUGAAUGAGAAUAAUGGAUUGGAUUUUGAACAAGUUAGUGUGGAAAAUGCAAAGACUUCUUCUUGUACUGAUUCUGUAGUCAGUGAGAGGAAGAAGGGAACUAGUAUCGAUCAGGAAAUAUUGCAAAGUUUCAAUGAAUUGAAGAUUGAUAGUGAGAGUUUGAAAAAGGGGAAGAAGAAAAUAUUGAGAUAUAGACCUGGAACAUGGAUUUGGAAGGCUAGGGGCUUAAAGGUGUGUGAUUAUGAUGUACCAGAGACAACAUGCCUCAUAUUAGUUGGUCCAAGUCAAUCUGGGAAAAGUAGUCUCAUAAAUAGAAUCUCCAAGGUCUUCGACGACGACAAGUUCGCACCCGCAAGAGCACAAGUAUCAUAUAACUCACUAGGGAAUGGAACAUGCUUCCUCCAUGAGUAUAUGAUUCCAAGAAACUCAAACUCUAUCUGUCUGUAUGAUACACGUAGUUUGUCAGAUAAUUCUCAUGAGAACAACCAAAUGCUCAAGAAUUGGAUGACAAAAGGUGUUCGUCAUGGAGAGUUUGUUCUCAGGACUACAGAUGAUCCGAGACUGAGUGAAAGUUUGAGGUGGUUUAAAGGAGACAAAAAAGGUUCCGUUUCCGAUAAGAGUAGAAAAGUUAAUUCUGUAAUAUAUGUCCUUGAUGGUCUUUCGAUUCUGAAUACAAUGAAGACUGGUGGUGGUGGUUGGGAAACACCGUAUAUUAAAAUGGUUGUUUCUAGUUUCAAUUGCCCAUUCCUGUCAUUUAAAGAUGACAAACCUGUGCUUGUUUUUACUCACGGGGAUCUCCUAUCUCUCUCUGACCGUGCUCGUGUUCGUGCAUAUUUGGGGGAUCUAUUGGAAAUUCCACCAACAACGCAAAUUUUUGACAUCCCUGACUGUGAUGGCCCGGAGACUGAAUCUGCCAUAACUGGAAUGUUAAGACAUACUCUUGAGCACGCUGAUAGGAAUUUUCCUCUGAAACCCAAUGUUAUGAAUAAGGUUUUUAAAAUAUCUGCAUUUCUAUUCAUGAUUUUGCUAAUACUAGGAAUAGAAAUUGCCGUUGGCUCGGCACAAAAUAAGUUCAUGAACCAGUGCCAUGCCCCUCAAUCGCAAGGACCUCAACCGCAAGCUUGUAGUAGCGAAGUUCAUGAGAUGCAUCCAAAUCUGAAAGUUCCUAAAAAGAAACCCAAGAUUAAGCGUCCAAAACAGAAAGUUUCUGAUAAGGAACCCAAGAUAGAGUGGCAUAAAAUUCGGCACAUAUGGUAACUAUGAAUAUUACUGAUAUGGCUUGUAUUGUAAAUAAAACUUUGUUAUGGAGUAUUUGGCUAUCUUGAAUUGGAAACACUAAGAAUGUGUGAUGUGGUAUUGUCCUUAGUGUGGAUUGUUUGUAAUGUAGUGGUUUAAUAGCUUAUCAUGUAAUGUUGAUUAGAGUUCAAUAUCUGUCAACAACCUUUUAUAAUUAGUGCAGACAUAAUUAAUCACAUGGAAUAUAAUCAAUUACAAAUUUUAAAUUGUACUAA